GCCCCCGGACUCGAUGUCCUAACACGUUGUGAUCCACCACGUAUAGCUUCAGCUUAUUUUCAUACUUUGCAAUCAGCUAUGCUGAAGGUCAUUGUAGCCAAUUAUCUCAAACAACACACGGAAUACGACGUAAGGGAGAUUACACCAUUGAUCGCACGGGAAUCAUGCGCAUUAUUUCAAGAUCUUAUCGGACUUGUUGUUCAAAGGGCAUCUAAAACUGUAGAUUCGGUCAAUUCAGCAAUAAUAAUGAAUAUUGAAAGCACAUCAGCUCAAGCAUUUUUUUCUGCCCCAACUUUAGCUGAAGUAUUAAAUCAUUUUCAAAAUUUACAUCGUGAUGUUAAAGGUGAUAUUGUAGAAAUGAACAUUUUAAAAGGAUUAGCGGAAGUAUUACCAACAGAAUUUAGUGGUUUGGGAAUCAACGGAGUGACAACUAGUAAUGAUUCCGUUGUAUUAGAUGAAGGAGAAGAUGAUGAAAUAGGUGAAUUAUUCUCAAUUUGGAAUAAUAAUAGUAAUCAGGGAAUUUCGAAUAAAAAAUCGCGAAUAAGGAGAGCAAGUACCACAGAUAUUUCAGAUAAUAACUCGCGACGAACAUUAUAUGGAUCACCGGCUAUAGAAUUCGUAGAAGAAACAACUACGACAAGGAAAAGAAAAGGAAUUGAUAUAGAAAAUAAUAAGAACGCGUCGAAAAAGGCAAAAACUCCUGCUGCAAAUAUGACCGCCAGUGUAAUACCAACGCCAUUCAGGAUCAUUCCAGGACAAGGAUCAGAAUAUUUACAUGAAACACUUAACGAGGACGGCUUCCAACAUUCUACCGAAUUUGAUGAAUCUUUGUUGACUUCUUUCACAACAUCAUUUUUUGCCCCGAACAAUGAUGUAAAUCUAUCCACAUCAUCCAAUCCAAUUAUGACUUACGCACAACAUCGUAUAACCACGGCUUAUGAUGCGAUAUCUCAUCACUUAACAACACAUACACAAGAAAAAAUAUCUCUAUAUGAAAAAUCAUGUCAAGAAUAUGAACUAUUAUUAGAAAUACUUGAGGCAUUAGAUGGUGUCGGAGAUGAAGUAGCAUUGGCUAAAAUGUUAGAGAAUUGGAUCGAGGACGUUGAAGAUGAAGAUGUAAUAAUAAUGAGUUCAGAGGCAGUAAAUAAUUCUAAGCCUAAUUUAGAAGGUUCGGAUAAUGAAUUUAGUAAUAACAACAUUGAAGCACCCAAUGAAAGCCAACAAAUAAAGAAAGUGACUAUGAUUGGAAAUA